AAUGACUUGAAAUUAUUAUUCCUAGUACGAUAUGAUAUAAGUAAUAAUGUAAUUUCCUGGGAAAACCACAGUCUGUUUUCUAUCUUGUUUUAAAUAUAAGUACCAAGGUUUACGUUCAAACGGAAGCUUCUAAUGCUUUUUAACUCUUGUUACUAUAUUUUUAAAAAAAUUAAGGAAAAGAAUAGUAACCAUGAAAGUUAUUAACGCGUAAAGAUAGCGAAAAAGAGGAUUCUCAUCUCUGUCAUACCACGUAUAUGCAAAUACUAAAUAUUAUUCAGACUAUCGUCACCCGUGUCAGAAAAAAGCCUAAUUACACCUCGGAUUAGAGAUUUACACAUCAUCGUCGUCACUAUGCCAAUACGAGACGUAGAGGGCAACGCGCGGCCAGCAGAGUCCAGGCGCUAAAGUGGAAGAUAGCUUUCACUUUCAGCCUCGCGUUUUUUUGACACGAAAGCAGUCGCUUGUUAUUAUUCAACGAAGACAGCCAGUGCGCGCACGUAAAUACUUAUCAGGAUCAACACAUCAUACACAAGCCGUCAUGAGCGUCGCGGUGAACUUCCUUUUGGUGUCCUAUCUACUGGUAUGGAGCGGCGCUUCGGCCGGGCCACUUUGGAAUCUCGUGCACGACCUCGUGCAGUCGAACAUCGCCGGGAUCCCGACCAUCCACGAGAAAUCCACGUGGAACUUCGAUCCGGAUGCUGGAAAGCAGAAGAGGGCACAUUACGAACAGCAGAACGGGAGAUUCGGUGAAACAGCGAUCGCGCGAUUAGGUUUGGGCUACGAGAGUUGACCAUUCAACUGAUCCUAUCUGUUUUGUACCAUAGAUGUAAAAUAUGUAUAGAAAUAGUUAUAAUGUAUUACAAUAAAGCUUAGAAAAUAAAACAGAA